GGGACAGCCGGAGAACACUUUUAGUUCCAGAUAGCACCUUUUUUUCUAAGAGUGUAUUCCUAUAUUUCCAGUAUAGCUAUGCUGUCUGAACAGUGACAUGAUGAGGCUGAAAGCCUGAGGGAAUUGAAUUUGAAUUUGUGAAAUUGUUGGGGAUAAUAUUGAAUUGGGAAUUCAAUUUUUGGAAUUUAACUAACAUUGGAAUUCAGAGGAAUUGAAUUAUCUCUGAUUUCAAAAUCUAACCUGAAAUCUGAAAUGAAUUAAAUGUAAUUUACAGGGAGAGAGAAUUGAAUUAUAAUUUAAUUUGUGGAAUUGACCACAACCCUGGUACUGCGUCUGCCCUCCUUAAAUAUCUACCGUGGCACUACUUCCACCUCGUGUCCUUUUUCGAGGCGUCGUAGAUCACAGACAAAAAGGAUUGGAGUGAUCCAAUACCUCCCAUAACCAUGGUUACAUACAUAACCUUUGUUAUGUAGCACUAUAUUGGAUCACUCCAAUUUGGUAUCACAGUACAAGAUUAAUCGGUGAACUAGUCUUUGGCCAGACAAAGAGCAAAGUCCAUUCCGGAGCAGAUCAAUCAUAGUUGCUGUGUCCCUCCGCCCCAUCCCAGGGAAGCAGAUACAACACGAAGAACAGCCCUCCCGACCACAUAGGUGGGGGCAACAUGUGCUAGACAGCGCCCAACUGUCUGAGGCGCAAACGUCAGUGAGGGGAACUCCUCUGAGCAGAGCCCGCGAGGUAGUAACUCCUCCAAUAGAAUGUGCCACCACAGCAAAAGGCAAAGGCCUGCCAGCCAGCCGAAAUGCUGCAGUAACAGUGUCCACAAUACAACGUGAGAGUUUGGUCGGAUAGGCCCUGGCCCAGAACUCUCUCACCCUAGCAAACGAAAGCUGAUAAAACCUUUGCAUUGGCUGUGUCUGUGAAAGUAAGUGUCCAUUGCCCCGGCCGAGCACAACACAACAAGCCCCUGGUUCACCAGCAACGGCGGGAGAGGCGUAUGUGGACAACUGUAAUGGCCGGUUCAAAGGAUGGAGGUCGACACUCCUUUCAUCUGAACCCAUUCAGAAAUAUUUAGUCAACCAGGGUGUCAACACUAGAAGACCCUGAGACACAGGCACCAGAGCUGAUGCGGUACCGGCAACGGAAUUGGAGUUCGUAGCCCUCCAGCAAUGUAUUCAGUACCCAUGGGGGCUCCACCUGCCUCUCUCAGUUUGCUCUUUGGGACUGUGAGAGGCUGCCAAGGCCGGCGGCAAGCACGUCAAAUCAAAUCAAAGUGUAUUGGUCGCGUACACAGUUUAGCAGAUGUUAUAGCGUGUGCAGCAAAAUGCUGUAGGACAGGGAGAAAGCACAUUAAGACUCAAUUAACCUAGCUAGCUAACUUAGCUAGCUAUCUUAGUCAACUAGCUUCUCAAGGUUUGAUGCAGUCAAGACAGGUACUACGUAAUCAUAUUGGAUGAUAAACAACCUAGCUAUGACAAGCUAGAAGUAAGUCUACUAGCGCAAGUCGGCUCGGUUGAUUGCUGCCUCUCCCUCCCUCCUCCUUGCUCCCGUUUCACUCGCUCACAAUACACACACCGCAAUGCCCCUCCUCCGUCUGCUCUCCCUCGCAAGGCCCCUCUGCCUCACGCUGUAUCAGCUCUGGUGAAUAAAGUAGCUUACAAAUUGAAUACGAGGAUGACAACUUCCUGCCCUUGCACAACAUCAUCUCAGCCGCACUGCGCUUUGGAAGCAGCCCCUUGGGACAGCUGUACAACAUCUUCCCCUGGCUGAUGGAACGCCUGCCUGGUCGGCAGCAAGUUGUAUUCGGCCAGAUGGACGAGCUGAGAGGCAUUGUGAUGAAGAAGAUCCACGAGCAACAGGAGACCAUGGACCCAGGCAACCCUAGAGACUUCAUAGACCGCUUCCUCACCAGACUCAACCAGGAGUUCCAUUAUGAGAACCUGGUGUCCACAGUGUUGGACCUCUUCCUGGCAGGAACAGAGACCACCAGCACCACUAUCAGAUACGCCUUCAUGCUGCUUCUCAAAUACCCCGACAUUCAGGAGCACGUUCAGCAGGAGAUUGACACAGUGAUUGGCCGACAGCGCGUCCCUCAGAUGGAGGAAACACCGUUCAACUGACAACCGAAGUCAGCCUACAGGCGCC